GUGAUCAAGCAUGCAGCUCCAUUGAUCAUUGCCAGCUUCCUACCUGACACUCUGGACCCAUCAUGGACUCUGGAGAGCAGCUAACAGGUACGCUGGCCGUGGCUGUGUUCACAGCAGCUCUGGGAUCCCUGCAGUAUGGCUACAGUCUUGGAGUCAUCAACGCACCACAGGAGGUCAUUGAAAAGUAUUAUGGGCUUACGCUCGGAGUCUGGUCAGAGAGGGCUGCUGUCCUUCCAGACAACAGCACAGAAGAGGAAGAGGUCCCAAAGGUGGGGCAACACCCUGCUGUGGUCAUGUACUGGUCACUGUCGGUGGCCAUCUUCUCCAUUGGUGGCAUGUUAUCCUCCUUCCUGGUGGGAUAUGUGGGAGACCUGAGAGGGAGGGUAAAAGGCAUGUUAAUGGUCAAUGUUCUGGCUGUAGCCGCUGGACUGCUGAUGGGUUUUUGCAGGAUGUGGAAACCUCACAUUAUGGUCAUCUCAGGCCGUGCUAUUAUGGGCUUAUACUGUGGGUUGACAUCUGGACUAGUACCUAUGUACAUUGGAGAGAUUGCACCCAAGGCUUACAGAGGGGCUCUGGGAACAUUACACCAGCUGGCUGUUGUCACUGGCAUCCUAAUCAGCCAGAUUAUAGGCUUGGACUUUGUACUCGGAAACGAUGAUAUGUGGCCCCUGCUACUUGGUCUGUCUGGAGCUCCGGCAAUAUUACAAUCCUUUCUGCUGCCUCUAUGCCCCGAGAGCCCGCGCUACCUUUAUAUUGUACUGGGCAAGGAGCAAGACGCUCAAAAAAGUCUUUAUCGUCUAAAGGGGCCAUAUGAUGCAACGUCUCAUCUGGAGGAGAUGCGGAGGGAGAAAGAGGCGGCGGACAAAGAGCCCAAAGUCUCUAUCCUUUCUUUGAUCCGCUCCUCUGUGUACCGACGGCAGCUGUUUGUGGCCCUCAUGAUGCACCUCUCUCAGCAGUUGUCUGGCAUCAACGCAAUCUUUUAUUACUCUACGGCUAUCUUCGCCCGGGCUGGUGUUGCUCAUCCAGUCUACGCCACUAUAGGAGUCGGGGCCAUUAACACAAUCUUUACUCUGGUGUCUGUUGCACUGGUGGACAAGGCUGGCAGGCGUACUCUGACUAUUGCAGGUCUGGGAGGGAUGUGCUGCUGCGCAGUUGCCAUGACUGUUGGCCUCAGAUUCCAGAAUGAAUACUCCUGGAUGAGCUACGUCAGCAUGUCAGCUAUCUUCCUCUUUGUGAGUUUCUUUGAAAUUGGUCCCGGUCCUAUCCCAUGGUUCAUAGUGGCUGAACUGUUCAGCCAGGGACCUCGGCCUGCGGCCAUCGCUCUUGCUGGCUGCUGCAACUGGACCAGCAACUUCAUCAUAGGCAUGACCUUUCCGUAUAUACAAGCUUGGCUGGAUUGUUAUGUGUUCAUCCUGUUUGCAGUGCUGCUUCUUGGGUUCACUGUGUUUACUUAUCUACGGGUCCCGGAGACCAAGGGCAAAACAUUUGAGGAGAUUGCUGCUGUCUUCCAAAAGGGAAAGAAAAAGCUGGCAGAGAGCCCCAAGGACGAAACUGAACUGCAGCAGCUCAAAACAUCCACGGUUGCCUAAAACCAACAGCUGUGUGUAUGUGUUACUUGUUGAGUUAAGGUCUAAAGUAAGGUUAUUUACAUUGCAUUUUUACAUAUUAAUAUAAGAGCCACACAAAAACCAACAAUGCUAAAACACACUAUAAUGUUACUGUUACAUGAAGUUGUAUGCAGUGGUGGAUUUCAUGCCAGUUUCUGUACAUAAAAAUAUGUUCGCUUCGACUACUAUCAUAGCUUCAUUUGCGGCCUGAGCAGGCUGAUUCUUUUCAGUAAACAAGCUAUAAAAAUCUAAUGUAUGCUACCUACGCAGCACCAAAUGGAAAAGAGACAAGCUGGCUUAAAUUAAGAGCCAGAUAUUUUCAGUUUGUUUCCCCUGCCACCGAGUGGCAAAAUUGAGUUAUUGCCGGUUUACUACUAAAGUGAUAAACCACACAUGCAGUACAUACAUACACAUACAUGUGGAUGUAUGUACUGCAUGUGUGUAUGAGUUGGACACUACAAGGCUGUAUUCACACUCAUCUGCUGAAGGUGGAAUAUGACUUUGUGACAUCAGAACUAGUUGGGAGGCCCAUCCUGACCCAUUUUGCAAAUUACAGGAGUGUGAUGUGGAAAGGUGAAACUUGCGUUGCACAAAUACUGACAAUGGACUUUUAAGUGAAGUAGGAGACAUCUUGUAACCAGCAAUUAAACUCAUGAAAUAACAAAUAUAUGCAUAAUCAUAGAUUCUGUAAUUUUCAAUGAGCUAAAAAAAUUUGAUGUCAUUUUUAAUAAGGUAAUUUAACUUUUGUAAAAAAAAAAAAAAUGACAGAGAAAUGAUUGUCUUAUUACAUGUUUCUGGAGGGGAUCUUUAAGAAAAAAAACUUUUCAAACUUUUUAUCCACCCAAUUAAGAGGGCACUAGUUUUAGGUCAUCGGCUGCAAAUAUAGAGUGCUUUUUGUGAAUAUGUAGUUUGAAUAUAGUCUGCUCCUGUGGAUAGAGUCUGCUGGUUCUUAUUUGGUUCUGUGUUUACUCACCGCUGACUGUUUUGCAAUACUUUAAAUAAUUCUGAUGAUAAAUGAAAUAUAUUAAGUUAAAUUAGGUGCCAGGGGAUAAUUACACUAAUUCAAUUUUGAAGUUUUGCACACAAGCGUAGGGAGGAAAACCCUGGAAAAUUGGUUUCGUCGGUUUACAUAUUAGCCUAACACUAACAUUGCAAAUUAACAGAUUGUGUAUGUGUUUUUUUUUUUUUU